UCCCUGAUGUCCUUCUCUGUCUCUGUGUCCCCAGGGUGUCUGAGAGGAGCAGGGCUUCAUGGAGCGCGGACCACCCAACAUGACGGUGUCCCCCACACCUGAAUAUCCAGGAUAUGGUUCUGACAAUUCAACGCAGAUUAGGAAAAGUGGUAGUUCAUCUGGAAGCCUUAACUGGCCGGACAUCCUCUCUCUGCUCAUUGCCCCGCUCGGGCUGGUCCGGAACGGCGCCGUCCUGUGGCUCCUGGGCUUCCGCAUCCGGAGGAAUUACUUCUCCGUCUACAUCCUCAACCUGGCGGCGGCCGACGCCCUCUUCCUUUGUAGCUCCUUGCUGAUCUAUGUAGAUGAUUUUGUUAAUAUUUUUUAUUAUUUAACUUGGACAAUGCUGCUCUUCCUCAGACACAUAUUCUACAUUGCAGGAAUGAGCCUCCUGACCGCGAUCAGCACCGAGCGCUGUCUCUCCGCGCUCUUCCCCAUCUGGUACCGAUGUCGCCGCCCCAAGCACACAUCGGCCGCGGUCUGCGCCUGGCUCUGGGCUCUGCCCGGGGUGUCCUGGCUACUAACUUUUGUUCUUUCUUUUUUCUCUUAUGAUCACUUUUUCAUCUUCCCGAUCAUUGCGGGUGCGUGGCUCCUCCUCCUCACCUGCAUCAUGUGCGUGUCCAGCCUGACUCUGCUGCUGAGGGUCCAGUGCAGCUCCCGGCGCCGGCGGCCCCCCAGGCUCUACCUCCUGGUCCUGCUCACGGUCCUCGUGUUCCUGCUCUGCGGCCUGCCCUUGGGGAUCGGGGAUUUCAUAUAUUUUUACUCUGCCAUAAAAUUCAUGCCUUAUUGGUUCUAUGAGCCCCUGGCCUGUGUGAACAGCAGUGUGAACCCCCUCAUUUACUUCUUCGUGGGCAGACUAGGGAAUAGGAGGAGGGAGCCUCUCAGGGAGGUGCUCCAGAGGGCCCUUGGGGAUGAGCAGGAGUUAGGAGAUGAGACAACAAACACCCCCCACACCACCAGCGGAGAGACUACACUCAGCCUAAGAAGAUGUUCAGAUACAGGAGCCCUUGAAAGGAGCUCCCUACCCCAGGCCCAGUAGCAGCUCCCCCCUCCUUGGGAGGAAAAUCAGGAUUCCCCUGCCAUUAUUAAUGUGGAUACCUAAGAUGUGAACUCUAGGCAACGAACAUUUAUUUGGUACCUGUUGUAUACCAGGCAGGUAGAUAUCCAAAAAGGACAGAACUCCAAGGCCUGGAAUGGGAAGAAUUGAAGUCACAUCUAGUCUAAGAACACAGUUGUAUAACCCUGCACAAGUCACUCAACUCUGCCUCAGUUUCCUCAUCUGUAAAAUGAACUAUCAAAAGAAAUGCCAAUGCUCUCCAGUAUCUUUGUCCAGAAAACCCCAGUUAGGGCCAUAUGACUGAACAAGAAGACCAUAUCAGGAACUGUACUAAGCCCUUCAAAACAUCUCAUUUAGGGGCUGAUAGGUGGCACACUGGUUAGAGCAGCAGCCCUGAAGUCAGGAGGAGCUGAGUUCAAAUA